CCAUUGUGCUACUGUUCAUUCACAACUCAAAAUUGCAAUCUUUUUCAUUAUUAAAAAAAUAUUUGCAAUCUUUUUUAGUCAUUCAAAGAGACUAUGGCUCGUUCCAUUUACUUCAUGGCAUUUCUUGUCUUGGCAAUGACCCUCUUUGUUGCCUAUGGGGUGCAAGGUCAGAACAUUUGCAAAACAAAAAGCAAAUUUUUCGAAGGAUUAUGUUGGCUCGACUCUUCAUGUAGAAAAGUUUGUAUCGAGAAGGAUAAAUUUGAAGAUGGUCAUUGUAGCAAACUCCGAAGAUUGUGUCUAUGCACUAAGAUAUGUGCAUUUGGGAAUACUCCUAAUGAAGUUAAAAACAAAUUUGUUGACGAAGCAAAAUAUCUCAAAGAAGCUUUGCUUGAAAAAGAGCUCAUGAUGGAGUAAUUGAGUCUGAUUAUGGAUUUAGUGUCACACAAAAUUAAAUAAAGUGUUGCCUUUCUUAAAAGGUAACUUAUAAUGUUGUGUUCUUGGCCUAUAGUAGCCAUUUGACACAUUAAAUAGGUAGUGACACAUCAAUCCUUUUUGUAUCUUGUAUUAUGUUUGUGUAUGUUUUAUGUAUUUGUAUUAAGUUUGUGUAUGUUUUAAUGAAGAGACAUCGAUUACGGUCUA